UUUAAAAUUGAUAUAAAUAAAUAUUGAGAGUGCUUCAUUAUAAUAAAAUGUAAUAUUAAGAAAAGAAUAUUAAAAAAAUUGUAAAUUUAAUACGUUUUGUGUACUAUUAAAAUUCAUUGUCAUCGGACAAUAAAAGAAAAAUAAAAGCCAACACAACAAAAAUUAAAAUUUUACUACACCUUCAAAAAAGGCCUUCAAAUAAUUUUAUAAAUGUAUAGAGGCUAUAAAGAUUAUUAAAAAAAUUAUAACCUAAGUAUUUAAAUAAUACUUUAUUUUUUUUUGCGAAUAUAUUUUUUACACUAAAAAUGGAUGUAGAAAAUAUACAAGACAAGGAGCGUUUCGCAAGUCGAGAGAACCAUUGUGAAAUUGAGAGGAGACGGCGAAACAAAAUGACAGCAUAUAUAAAUGAACUUUCAGAUAUGGUACCAACAUGCAGUGCCUUAGCUAGAAAACCAGAUAAAUUAACGAUUUUGCGUAUGGCUGUUGCCCAUAUGAAAGCCCUUCGUGGGACUGGCAACACUUCAAGUGAUGGAACAUAUAAACCAUCUUUUUUAACAGACCAAGAACUAAAACACCUAAUUCUGGAAGCUGCCGAUGGUUUCCUAUUCGUAGUGUCAUGUGAUUCUGGCCGUAUAAUUUACGUUUCGGAUUCUGUAACACCUGUUUUGAAUUACACUCAAAAUGAGUGGUACGGAACUAGUUUGUAUGAGCAUAUUCAUCCAGAUGAUAGAGAAAAAGUUCGUGAGCAACUUUCAACACAAGAACCUCAGAAUACAGGCAGAAUUCUAGAUUUGAAAACUGGUACUGUGAAAAAAGAUGGUCACCAAUCAUCUAUGCGCUUAAGUAUGGGGUCAAGAAGAGGUUUCAUUUGUAGAAUGAAGAUUGGAAAUGUGAGCCCAGAAAGUAUGGUUGCUGGACAUUUAAAUCGUUUAAAGCAAAGAAAUUCGUUAGGACCGAGUCGUGAUGGACAAAAUUUUGCUGUAAUUCAUUGCACUGGUUAUAUCAAAAAUUGGCCUCCAACAGACAUAUUUCCUGGCGUAAACCUUGAUCGUCAAAAUCCCGAUGAUUCCUCACACUCUCCACAUUGUUGUUUGGUUGCUAUAGGAAGAUUACAAGUGACUUCAACAUCAAACUCAUCUGAUUUAAAUGGAGCUAACAGUCAAUCAGAAUUUAUUUCUCGUCACGCUAUAGACGGAAAAUUUACUUUUGUAGAUCAAAGAGUUAUGAAUAUAUUGGGUUAUGCGCCAACCGACCUUUUGGGAAAAAGUUGUUAUGACUUUUUCCACCCAGAAGAUCACAGUCAUAUGAAGGAAAGCUUUGAACAAGUUCUAAAACAAAAAGGGCAAAUGUUUUCUUUGAUGUACCGUUUUCGUGCUAAAAAUCGGGAGUAUAUAUGGCUAAGAACACAAGCUUAUGCUUUUAUGAAUCCAUAUACAGAUGAAGUCGAAUAUAUUGUUUGUACAAACAGUUCCGGCAAAACAAGCCAUAUUUCUGGUAAUUUAGAAACCGUUGCACCAGAGCCUCAGCCAACGCAACCUCAAACUGAGCAUUCAGUUUAUUCAAAUCCUGGUUUAGACUAUACCUUGCAGCAAGGUCGCCGGGAUCAGCAAACUCCAUCCAACACAUCAACGCCAGCAGCUUCACAAGUUUAUGGCGCUCAUAGUAUGCUAGCUCAAUCUCACCAAGGUAUACCAUCUCAACAGCAAAGCAGUAGUAUUCAAAGGCCAAAUAGCGCACAAAAUGCUCCACCACCGGUUGCAUAUGCUAGCUAUGAUCAUACACCUUCCCCUAUUGGUUAUGGAUCUCCUGGUGCAGGAAGACAACAACCAGUAACAGAAGGCUAUCAAUAUAAUCAAUUAAGCCCGGCUAGAUCUCCUACCGGUCCAACAUAUACACAGUUGAGUGGUAGCUCAAGACAAGGAACUUAUCAAGGUGGUUCAACUAGUAGCAAUACUGCAAUUUGGGGAUGGCAAAAUGCUGCUGCAGCAGCGUCAGGUGGUCAGCCAAACGACCCGAAUGCUCCUGGUGGCAGCGGUCAUCAUGGACAUCAGGUUCAUACACAUCAAUCACAUCAUGUGCACGGUGGCCAUCAGGGACAAGAAUUAACCGAUAUGCUUCAAAUGCUGGAUCAGAGUGGCGGAACUACCUUUGAAGAUUUAAAUAUUAAUAUGUUUAACGCUCCUUUUGAAUAAUUCGAAAUAUACUUUUUAUUUACUUUCUUGUCAAAUAUUUGAGAUUUCAAAUAAUUUAAUAUGCACAACCAUAAUUUUAUAAAAAAAAAUAAUAGUAAAGUUUUUACAAAGAUAAUUCUUUAAUAGUAGUUUUAAGUAAUUUAAUUAGAGUAUUACUUAAUAACAAUUAAGCAGCUAUUACUAUAAUGUACCAGUAUGUGGAAACUUUGACUGGUUCAAGUUUUAGUUCUAUCAAAAAAAACAUUAAUGCAUACUUUUUGAAAAAAUGUCAACUGACUAUGAAGAAUUAUAAUUUCAAUUCAAAAAAUUCAUACUAAAAAAAAUAUAAUUCAAAUGGUUAUUGUUGGCACUACUUUUGAUUUAUCUUCUUUCUUGUAAUAUCAUUAAAAUGCCGGUAUCAAUUGUAGUUAGUAACACAGUCCCAUCAUUUUUUCAAGAUACAUAUUUAUAUUAAGUUUACUUAUUUUAUUGCAAUCUAAUAAUAUUUUAUUUUUAAUUUUCAAAUGUAUUUCUAUCUUUAUUUCAAAGUCAUACUAUUAUUAUUAUGCAGAUUUCUGAACAUCAUUCAUUUUUGUUCUUUGUACGUUUUAAAGUAGAUAUAUACAAAAAUACAAAAUAUUUCAUUGAGUUAUUGAAACCAAUUUUUUAAAAUAUAAAAUCAAAUGCUUGAUAGUAAUAGAAUUUUGGUAAAUUGCUAGCAAAAAAAAUAUUUUUAAUUGAUAAAAAAAUCGUAUUUUGAAUGUAUGUACCGAUUUCAAAUGCAUACGGAAUAAUACAAUUAUAUAUUUAAAUAUAAAAGUGAAAUUACUAAGCUUUUGUCGUUUUUUAAAAAUAAAUACGAUUUAUGACUAUUAAUAAUUGUGCAAUUAUUUUAAUUAUAUAAGAAUUUUCUUUUGCAUUUUUUAAAGAUCUACCUAAAUUUUUAUUCGAAAAAAAAUGAGGAUAUUUUUUUUUUUCUAAAUUUACAAAAUAAUAAAAUU